UUUAUUCUCAGUGUGAAUGAGUGUGCGGCUUUACAAGAACGUUGUAAUGUAAAAAGCCGCAUUUGCAGUAUUACUCCUUACAGGGUAAAACAUUUAUAAGAAAAUUACGCUGCUUUUCAUUUUGACGUCAUAUCCACAGUUUGGACAACCAGUUUCAAGGGAUAGUGCCAUGUCUAAGGCGGUGUCGGGUGGUGCUAAUGAUGUCACCCGCUUCCUCUCCAUGGAGGCGGGGCCAAGCUCUCCCACUGCUGUAUUUUCUGCCUCCAGCCAAGCUGAUUGGGCAGCCAAGAGGCUCGUCUGGGUUCCCUCUGAGAAACACGGUUUUGAGUCUGCGAGUGUGCGUGAGGAGCGAGGUGAUGAGGUGGAAGUGGAGCUUACAGAUAGUGGGCGGAGACUGACAUUACUGCGGGAGGAGCUUCAACGAAUGAACCCGCCUCGUUUCAGUAAAGUGGAGGACAUGGCUGAUCUCACCUGCCUUAAUGAGGCCUCUGUUCUGCAUAACCUGAGAGAGCGUUAUUAUUCAGGCCUUAUAUAUACAUACUCAGGCCUUUUUUGCGUGGUCAUAAACCCCUACAAGAAUCUGCCCAUCUACACAGAGUCCAUCGUAGAGAUGUAUCGUGGGAAAAAGCGUCAUGAGAUGCCACCACACAUCUAUGCUAUAUCUGAGGCUGCCUACAGAAGCAUGCUGCAAGACAGAGAAGAUCAAUCCAUCCUUUGCACAGGGGAGUCCGGCGCAGGGAAAACAGAGAACACCAAGAAGGUGAUUCAGUACCUGGCACAUGUUGCAUCGUCUCAUAAGAGUGGCACUCUGGGCCGCAGCAAAGACAGCAGCCUGCAGAUGGAUGGCACACGGUCUCUUGGUCGUGGAAGCAAUGCUGUAAACAGGAGUGUGCAGUAUGGGGAGCUAGAGAGACAGCUACUACAGGCCAACCCUAUCCUUGAGGCUUUUGGAAAUGCCAAGACCGUCAAAAAUGACAAUUCCUCCCGAUUUGGCAAAUUUAUCCGUAUCAAUUUUGAUGUGGCUGGAUACAUAGUUGGUGCCAACAUUGAGACCUACCUGUUGGAGAAGUCUCGAGCUAUCCGCCAAGCCAAAGAUGAGAGAACAUUCCAUAUCUUUUACCAGCUACUCUCUGGAGCUUCUGACACCAUGAGAACCGAGCUGCUCCUGGCCAGUGCGGAUCAGUACCGCUUCCUGUGUGGGGGAUCAGUUCCUGUUCCGGGUCAGAGUGAUUCAGAGAACUUCAGCCAGACCAUGGACUCAAUGAGCAUCAUGGGCUUCACUCAGGAUGAGUGCACAUCCAUGUUGAAGGUCAUCUCUGCAGUGCUGCAGUUUGGAAACAUCUCUUUCCAGAAGGAGAAGAACUCAGACCAGGCCUCCAUGCCUGAUGACACAGCUGCACAGAAGCUCUGUCACCUGCUGGGUAUCAGCGUGCUGGAGUUCAGCCGUGCCAUCCUCACCCCGCGCAUCAAAGUGGGCCGCGAGUAUGUGCAGAAGGCCCAGACCAAGGAGCAGGCAGACUUUGCGGUGGAGGCUCUGGCCAAGGCCACCUACGAGCGGCUGUUCCGCUGGCUGGUGCACCGCAUCAACCGCGCGCUGGACCGCCGGCAGAGGCAGGGAGCCUCCUUCAUCGGCAUCCUGGACAUCGCUGGCUUCGAGAUUUUCCAGCUGAAUUCAUUCGAGCAGUUGUGCAUCAACUACACCAACGAGAAGCUCCAGCAGCUCUUCAACCACACCAUGUUCGUGCUAGAGCAGGAGGAGUACCAGCGUGAGGGCAUCGAGUGGAACUUCAUCGACUUUGGCCUCGACCUGCCCUGCAUCGACCUCAUCGAGAGGCCGGUCAGUGUGGCCCACCCCCCUGGCGUGCUGGCCCUGUUGGAUGAAGAGUGCUGGUUUUUCCAAGGGCAACGGAUUCGCUCCUUUGUGGAUAAGUUGUGUGCUGAGCAAGGCUCACAUCCCAAGUUCUACAGGCCAAGGCAGCUUCGUGAAGAGGCUGACUUCUCCAUCAUACACUACGCUGGCAAGGUGGACUACAAGGCAGAUGAGUGGUUAGUGAAGAACAUGGACCCUCUGAAUGAUAAUGUAGCAUCUCUACUGCACCAGUCAUCUGACCACUUCAUAUCGGAGCUCUGGAGAGAGGAUAUUUCAGAACUCUUCCCGUGUCUACUUUUUGACUCCUAUGCCACCCUGCAGACCAAUGGCUCUGACAGCAUGGAGAGGAUUGUGGGAUUGGACCAAGUGGCGUCUGGGGGGCUGUCCGAGGGGAGUGGUCCAGUUACAUUUGGAGCAGCAGGGCUGAAGACGAAGAAAGGAAUGUUCCGGACAGUUGGACAGCUGUACAAGGAGUCACUGACCAAACUGAUGGCCACCCUGCGAAACACAAAUCCCAACUUCCUGCGCUGCAUCAUUCCUAACCACGAGAAACGAGCAGGGAAAUUGAGCCCUCAUUUGGUCUUGGAUCAGCUGAGGUGUAAUGGAGUCCUAGAGGGAAUAAGAAUCUGCAGACAAGGCUUCCCCAAUCGCAUCCCCUUCCAAGAGUUCAGACAAAGGUACGAGAUUCUGACUCCAAACGCCAUACCCCGCACCUUCAUGGAUGGCAAGCAGGCCUGUGAGCUCAUGAUCAGUGCACUGGAGCUGGACCAGAAUCUGUUCAGGGUGGGGCAGAGUAAGGUGUUUUUCCGAGCUGGCGUGCUGGCCCACCUGGAGGAGGAGAGAGACCUCAAGAUCACUGACACUAUCAUCCGCUUCCAAAGCGCUGCCCGUGGAUACCUUGCUAGGAGGGCAUUUUUGAAGAAACAGCAGCAGCUGAGUGCCCUGCGUGUGAUGCAAAGGAACUGCGCCGCCUACCUGAAGCUGCGCAACUGGCAGUGGUGGAGACUCUUCACCAAGGUGAAGCCACUGCUGCAAGUGACCCGUCAAGAUGAGGAAAUACAGGCUCGGGAGGCAGAGCUGCAGAAAGCCAAAGACAGCCUGAGUAAAGUGGAACAUGACUAUAAUGAAUUAGAAAGAAAACACCAACAGCUGUUGGAAGAGAAGGCGGUGCUUACAGACCAGCUACAAGCAGAGGCGGAGUUAUUCGCUGAGGCAGAGGAGAUGAGAGCCCGGUUGGCCAGCCGUAAGCAGGAGCUCGAAGAUGUGCUGGGGGAGCUUGAAGGCCGAUUGGAGGAAGAGGAAGAGAGAGGUGUGCAGCUAACCAAUGAGAAGAAGCGAAUGCAGCAGCAUAUACAGGAUUUAGAAGAACAGUUGGAGGAGGAGGAGGGAGCAAGACAGAGGCUCCUCCUGGAGAAGGUCACCUUGGAAACUAAAGUGAAGAGUCUGGAGACAGAGACCCUCACUACAGGAGAGCAGAGAGACAGACUGAGCAAGGAAAAGAAGCAGUUGGAAGAGAGGCUGAAUGAGGUGACGGACCAGCUGACGGAGGAAGAGGAGAAAGUGAAGAGUCUCAACAAGCUUAAAAACAAACAGGAAGCUGUUAUUGCUGACCUAGAAGAGCGUCUGAAGCGGGAGGAGCAGGGCCGUUUGGAGCAGGAGAAAUGGAGGAGGCGCAUGGAGGCAGAGGCAGCCGACGCCCAGGAGCAGCUCUCUGAGCUGGGCCUGAUCUCCACAGAGCUCCGCGGCAGCCUGGCCACCAGAGAGAAAGAGAUCACCACACUACAAACACGGCUGGAGGAGGAGGGUGCUCGGCGAGCUGAAGCACAGCGGGCUCUGAGGGAGGCUAUGUCUCAAGUAUCCGAGCUGAAGGAAGAGGUGGACAAUGAGCGAGGGAUGAGAGAAAGGGCAGAGAAACAGAGGAGGGACCUGGGUGAGGAGCUUGAGGCUCUCAAGACCGAGCUGGAGGACACGCUGGACACCACAGCCGCCCAGCAAGAGCUCAGAUCUCGGCGGGAGGCUGAACUGGGGGAACUCCAGAGGCAGGUUGAGGAGGAAACCCGGCGUCAUGAGGCCCAGCUCUCAGAGCUCCGAGUCAAGCACUGCGCUGCCAUUGACUCGCUCCAGGAGCAGCUGGACAACACCAAGAGAUCUCGGCAGUCCCUGGAGAAGGCCAAGGCCAUGCUGGAGGAGGAGCGUGUGAGCCUGACUGCUGAGUUGAAGACCCUGCAGGGGGGGAAGAUGGAGAGCGAGAGGGGCAGGAAGCGUGCCGAGGGGCAGCUCCAGGAGCUCAACGCCCGGCUUGCCCAGGCCGACCGGGAGCGCGAGGAGAGAGAGGACCGGCUCCACAAACUCCAGAUGGAGAUCGAAUCUCUGUCCAGCUCUCUGGCUUCAUCAGACUCCAAAUCUCUUCGUUUGAGUAAAGAGGUCAGCAGCCUGGAGAGCCAGCUACAUGAUGCUCAGGAGCUACUGCAGGAUGAGACCCGUCAGAAGCUGGCACUGGGCUCACGUGUGCGGGCUCUAGAGGAGGAGAAGGCGGCUCUCGUGGAGAGAGUGGAGGAGGAAGAGCAAAAAAGCAGAGAGCUCACACGGCAAAUCCAAACUUACACCCAGCAGCUUGCCGAGCUGAAGAGGCAGUCGGAAGAGGUGAGUGCAGCAGUGGAAGCAGGAGAGGAGAGCAGGAGGAAACUGCAGAGGGAGCUAGAGAGUGCCACGCAGAGAGAGCGAACCAAGGAGGAGGAAAAGGAACGGGUGGAGAGACAGAAGGAGCGUCUAAGGGAGGAGAUAGAGGACAUGACAGUCGCCCUGCAGAGAGAGAGGCAGAACUGCACCGCUCUGGAGAAGAGGCAAAAGAAGUUUGAUCAGUGUCUGGCUGAGGAGAAGGCGGUGAGUGCCCGGCUGGCUGAGGAGCGAGACCGGGCAGAGGCUGAGAGCCGCGAGAAAGAGACCCGGUUCCUGGCUCUGUCCCGAGCACUGCAGGAGGCAUCAGAGCAGCGUGACGAGCUGGAGAGAACCAAUAAACAGCUUCGCCUGGACAUGGAGCAGCUUGUCAAUGCCCAGGACGACGUGGGCAAGAAUGUGCAUGAGCUAGAGCGCUCCCGGCGGGCUCUGGAGGUGGAGGCCCAGUCUCUUCGGGAGCAGACGCAGGAUCUGGAGGAGGAGCUGUCUGAGGCAGAGAACUCCCGCUUGCGCCUGGAGGUCACACUGCAGGCCCUUCGUGCUCAGUUUGAACGGGAGAUUAGCACCAAGGAGGAGAAAGGAGAAGAGAAGAGGAGGUCUCUCAACAAACAGGUGCGUGAACUAGAAGCUCUCUUAGAAGAGGAGAAAACUCAGAGAGCUCAAGCACUGUCCGUCAAGAAGCAGAUGGAGGCGGAGCUCCAGGAGGCAGCAUCUCAGGUGGAGGCAGCCACUCGUGGCAGAGAGGAAGCGCUCCGGCAAAUCAAACGGCUUCAGGCUCAGAUGAAGGAGGUAUUGCGGGAGCUGGAUGAGACCAAGAUAGCUCGAGAUGAAAUCAUUGCCCAAUCAAAAGACAGCGAGAAGCGCCUGCAGACCCUGGAGGCAGAGCUCCUGCAACUGACUGAGGAGCUGGCAGUGUCAGAUAGGUCACGGAGGCAGGCUCAGCAGGGAAGGGAUGAGAUGGCGGAGGAGAUUCUCAAUGCCAACACUGCAAAGACGGCUCUGUGUGAAGAGAAGAGGCGUCUGGAGACCAGGAUCAAUCAGCUGGAGGAGGAGCUGGAAGAGGAGCAGGGCAAUGCUGAGCUUUUGGCUGAGAGGCAGCGGAAGACCACACUACAGGUGGAGACACUGACAGUGCAGCUGGCCGGUGAGCGGACUCUGGUGCAGAAGAGCGAGGGAACGCGAGAGAGCCUCGAGAGGCAGAACAAGGAGCUGAAGACCAGGCUGACUGAGCUGGAAGGAGCUGUGAGGGGCAAGCACAGACUCAGCGUUGCCGCCCUGGAGGCCAAGAUUGACUCCAUGGAGGAGCAGCUGGAGCAGGAGAGGCAGGAGCGCUCCCUCGCCAACAAGCUGGUGCGGAAAACGGAGAAGAAGCUGAAGGAGGUGGUGAUGCAGGUGGAGGAUGAAAGGAGACACGCAGACCAGUACAGAGAGCAGCUGGACAAGUCGAUGGGGCGCGUUCGUCAGCUGAAGCGUCAGCUGGAGGAGGUGGAGGAGGAGAACUCGCGCACCAACGCCCAGCGCAGGAAGCUGCAACGUGAGCUGGAGGAGAUGGGCGACAGCAUGCAGAGCAUGACGCGCGAGCUCAACGCCCUGCGUUCACAGCUCAGGCGUGCUCCUCUCCCGCUGUCCGUACGUGGGGGUCGGAGAGCCCUGGUGGAUGACCUCUCUCAGGAGAACUCUGAUUCAGAGGAGCCGCCCAGCUCCCCUACACCCUCCAGCGGCUUACCAGGGACUCCAGUGCCCUCAGAGAGCAACGCUCUGGGGCCGCCUCCCCCAUACAGCCUGACGGAUGCCGAGUGAGCCGUGAGCAGGGCGAGCGAAGAGCCGGCCAGGGGUUGGAUAGACAGCCUGCCUAAUCAGUUAAAUAACAUGGCUGUCAGAAAAUCCACACAGCAAAGACUAUACCUCCUCAGCCAAGACUGAAAUAACUAGAUGCACAUGAGAUUUCAUGGUGGAAAUAUAGCUGAUAUCCAAGUAGUACUUUUAAAUUUGGAGAUAAUGCUGAUACACAGAUAGUACUUUUAAGUGUUAAAUGUCUUAUACUGACAUGUUGAUUUCCAUAGGUGGAAAAGACAUGUUCCAAGGGAAAUAGCAUUUAUGUAUAUCAGAAAUUCCACAUAUCAGUGCAAUGUAUAUCAGGCAUAAAUAUGGCAAAGUUAAGAUGGCUGCCUCAACCCUAAGCGCUCUUUCAAUCAACCAUAAGCCAUGUGUUUAAGGGCAAUCUGCAUGUUUUUGAUGGCGAUACGGUAGAAAAGUCUUGUGAGAUAUUCAAUUGUAAAUUCAUGAUAAGGCUUUCAUUGGCUGUGCUUGCAUGAAUGAUUUAACUGCCAAUCAGUGUUACUCUCAAAAGCCUUUCUCUCUCUCACUUUUGGCAAAAUGGAAUUUUUGACAUGCAGAUUGAAAGUUUCAAGGUAGUAAAACUUUUUGAGAAUAUUUGAAUAUUUAGGGACAGCAACUUCAAAUUAAUGGAAAAACUGUCAAACUUUUUUAUCAAACAAUUUAGUACAGACGAUUUUACACUUCUAUGUCAAACAUCUUAGCAACAAGAAAGUGAGAGAGAAAAAAUUAUCUACUGUGAAAUAUCUACAAACAUGAAUUAAUAUGAGCCAGCCAUGCUAGUUUUUCCAUUGUUGGCAUUAAUAGAGGAAUAAUAAACGAUUAGGGCAAAAUAAAUAAAUAGAUAAAAGUAAGAAAAGAAAAAAAAAAGAAAUACCCCCAAAAAAUGUAAACAUGAACAGGAUGAAUCAUAAGCUAAUGAAAAAACUCAUGUAUAUAAUAAGUAGUCUUUUAAACUGGAUCAGAUUGCAUUAGAAAUAUAUGUUAGUAUAUCCACUAACAUAUCCAUUAUGGUCCUCCACCCCCCCAAAAAAUGUUUUGCUAGGUUGGGUUAUAAAAAUGAUUAAUCUUGAGAAGUUUCCCAAAUGGUAUUAAUGGUAUAAAUGGUAAUCAAACAAAUUGAUACUACCCAUUCCAUGUUUCCAUGAUAUCAUUAUCACAUAGUACAGCCUCACUGGUGCCAUUAUAACAGUAUAUCCUCAUUGAUACCAUUAUCACAUAAUACAGUCUCACUACCAUUAUCACCUAGUACAACCUCACCGAUACCAUUAUCUCAUAGUACAACCUCACUGGUACCACUAUCACAUAGUACAACCUCACUGGUACCAUAAUCACUUAGUAUAACCUCACUGAUACCAUUAUCACAAAGGACAAUAUCAUGGAUACCAUUAUUACAUAGUGACAGCAUACUUGCCCACAACAUACUGCAGCUUCUCUUUGGGCUUAAAUACAUGGCGUGAACAUUUAAGCCUUAAAAACCUCUGAUAAGUCUCCUUUUUAAAAAUGGGAAAUUCAUAGUAUAGACAGGUUUUUGUGAAUUGAUGUGUAUUUAGAAUGUUAGUACAUCUAAAGACCCAUGUAAAUGUACUGUCAGUUUACCAUUUAAAAUUAAAAAUAUCAGGGUUUUGGAAGAUCUAGUUCAUUUGCCCACUAUACUGUUUGGGCGCUGUGAGAAUGAGUGUUAAACUGAGAUAUUGACAAGAUUGUGCUAUUCUUAAAACCGUUUUUGAAAUGGUAAAAAUAAAACAAAACAAAAAAACAAUUCUUAAGUAAAUUUGAUAAGUAGACUGUGAUUAGUUAGAAAGUUAGUAUUUCCAUAUUUUUUAACAUAUCAUUACCCAUUUCAGCAAACUUGUUCAUCAAGCAUAAUGCUAUCGAUCUAAAAUACUUAUUAUCUAAAUGAUUUAUGUUGUGAUUGUUGUCUGUCUGCAGAACAAAUGUCAUGGAGUUGCCUAUACUUUGCUGAUUAACGUAAGCUUAGAUAGGUCAAGCUUACUGAGAUCUUGAGCAUCAUGAUAAAACUGUAUGUACAGUUACUUGUAUGUGCAAUCUUUUUAAGACGCAGUGAGAAUUCGGAGUCGUGAUGAGAAUUAUUAUGCUACUGAAAUGUGUGAGAUGAUGCACAGCCUUGCAAGGGGUCAGGCUGACACGCUGUGGGUUGUGUGUCUGAGAUUUCUCAGUCUCACUACACAUCAAAAGAAUAGAAGAAAUACUUCCUUUGUGUCAUUAAGCAGUAUCAUUGCUGCAAGCACAUCAUUGUUAAAAUAUAUUUGUAUUUAUCCAAAUACAUGCACAAUAUUUUUGUUUGUUUUUGUUUUUGUUUGUUUGUUUUAUUAUGUAUGAAAAUUAUAGAAUGAAGCUUUUAUGUUUUACCAAAUCACUGGCGUAUGGAUGAAACAAAGCAUAUGAACAAAGGCAGUUCCACAGUAGUUGUGUUGUAGUGCAGGUUUGUAGCACUGGUCUACAUCCACAUCUGCCCCCUGAACAUCCAAGACCUCAGUUCUCUUCAGAGUUCACUUCAAUCCCUGGUCUUUCUCUGCAUAAAGGAUAUGAUAGUAAAGGUUCAAAUUGAUCAGAUCUGUAGUAGCUCCUGAAUGGUUAAAAUGAGGCUUAAAGUUUCCCCUCUCUGUACUAGUUUUAUAUGUCACAGCACUUCCUGUCAGGAAAAAAAGUUCCCUGGCUAACAGAUCCAAAUGAAGGGUUGUUUUAUUCAUUUACUGUGUGGUUUAUUGUCAAAUAAAUUACAACCAACCACACAGAAGAGCCACACAGAAAACUCCUAUGAUGUUACAUUAUGAAUCUCUAAUGUUCCUUUAUGAGAUUUAAAUGCUCAUUUAUGCGCUUUGAUGGAAUAGGUCCUGUUUUUGGGCUAAGGUAAGGCCUUUCUCUUAGUGUCUGUUACGUUCACCUCAGAUAAAAGCUGCUCUUUCAUGUUACAGGUUGCCUUUGGAUCCUUUUUAUUUCUUCUAUAGGACAGUUUCCCCAAAUCAGAAUAAAAAUGUUAUGUCACUGUUACUACUGACUAUAUAUACCCACUGUAGUUGUUUAAAUGUACUAAAAUGUCCCUGUGUAAUGGUUUCUCACUACAAGCAUAGAAUUAGGACCAAACAAGCCACCAACAUUUUGCACCUUUUAUUCAUUAUUCAGCCUAUCCUGUCCUAUGCUGUAGGACAGAAGGACUCCUAAGGCUUUCCUAGUUGCUUUCACUUCAAGAAUUAUUUUGUGCAAUAACAAAGUUGCUUAGCUCCCAUGCUGCUCUGAAGCCUGGUGAACUAAGCCUGACUAUGUAUUAUUCAGAAUCCAAACUGGCAAUUAUAUUAAUUUGUUACUGAGGGGAUGUUCCAAAAAUAGCAUUGAAUAUUUUGUCUCUUAAAACUUUAUCCUCAAAAUGUACUCAAAUUAAGGUAUGCAUAUGAUAAAAGGUUCAUAUGAAUUGGUCAUGUGCUAAAACCCCAUCUUCUUGUUUAUUUUGUAAAAGAGAUAUUCUUUUUUUUACCUUAUUCUGAAAUUAUGUUCUGAACAAACGGGAAAGAGCCAGGCUUAUCAUUUUAGCCCAUUCCAGUUAGAAGUGUACCUUCCUGGUUAGUAAUACGACCUCCUGACACUCCUAGUCCUCAAAAACAGCUUAGAUAUAUGGAGAGAACAUUGAAACAUUUCUUCCUUAUUUCAUUCAGAAAUGUUUAAGUACAAAAACAACUUUAACCUACUUAAAUUGUGUGGCUUAUGUUUUGUCAAUUUAAUUUUAAUAUUUGUUACAUACUGCUGCUGUAUUCUGACUAGACUAGUGUGGAAAGAGAAGGUGAUUUAGUGGAGGCUGCUGUUUUGCUGUAAUGUAAUGAAUGUGUGUGGAGAAGAGCAGUUUAUGGUGGAUAGAAAGAAUGGAUUGAGUUGUUUGUAUCUAUCGAUACCAAAACUGAUGGUGUCUAGAACAUCUUUGUUUGUUUGUUUGUUUGCCCCUGUGCAGCUUUUUGUUUGAUUGUUAAUUUUGCUAUAUGGAUAAAGUCUUACUGGGGUGACUUUUAAUAUACUGUAUGUCAAUGGUUUUGAAAUAUGUGUGGUUCAUUUAACAUGUAUACAAAUAUAAGCAUACUUAGUACAUUUUAAAAACUUAGUUUUACAUUGACCAUGAAAAUCCUUUGUCAAAAUAAACACCAAGAUGGUCAUUCUAAUUCA